AUGCACACAGCCAGAGAGAUCAGUUUCAAUCGAACAGCGCCUGAGAUAAGUUUGCAAGUGCAAAUCACCAAAUCAAAGUUGUUAGCCGUGAUCAAAAGUGAAGUUGAAUCUUCUGAAUUUGUGCCAUUGAAGCAAAAUGCAGGUGAGCGCAUCAGAGACAAAUCAAAAUGGCCGCUAGAGCCAUUCAAUGACUGUGUCAACACGCAAGACUUGCGCAGAGAGUGGGAAGAGUGGCAUCGGGCGUUUGAGCUACUUUUGGAACUGCGAGAUGUGGAAGAGCAGCAUGAUAAGCUGAUACUGCUGCUCACAGUUGGCGGCCGGGGACUGCAACGUUUCUAUUAUAAUCUUGGUCCAGCUCCGGAGGAAAUUUACCCAGAACCAGUUCAAGUGCCUUACCGCCCCCAAGAAGUUCCAGAAUAUGAUAAUGCAAUUAAGCGGUUGAGCAAGUUUUUCGUCGGGAAACGAAACGACCGCAUUGAGCUGGAAGUAUUCCGCUCUCUCAAGCAAGGAAGUGAUGAAACGUUUAACAAUUUCCUCCUGCGUCUUCGAUCGCAAGCUGCUCGGUGCGAGUUCAAAGACAGAGAAGAGAAGGAGCUCCUCCAGCAAGUCACAAUGGGAGCAAGUGACGAACGUGUUCGAGACAAAGGUCUAGAGAACGUGAUGGACCUCGACGAGAUAACGAACUAUGCCGUCAAUCGCGAGAUCCUUUGCAAACAGAAGGAAAAAUCCAAGCCAUUCAGUGGUGAAUCAACCGCAGGCUCAGUGGCGGCAGUAAAGCAAGAGUGGAGCGAAAGUUCGCGAUUUAAGAGAGGUGAGAGAUUUUCGAAAUUUGGAUUCAACAGAGAAAAACGGCAAGAACGAGGACAGCUUGGAUGCGGCCGAUGUGGAGCAUACCGACACCCUUCAAACUCACUAAACUGCCCGGCAUUGAAAGCGCGGUGCAACCAGUGUGGGCGCAUCGGUCAUUUUGCAAGAAAAUGCCGUGAAUCACAACAAGGUAGUUCGAAGCAAUCCAACAAUUGGAGGCGAGUUGCUAAAGAAGCAAACUCGUUACAGGAAGAUGGUAGCUGGGUCGAAGAACUUCCCCACAAACCGAAGUCAGAGGACAUUAAUAAGAGCGGUAAAAAUCCCAAUGCUGAUGGCGUCAUCACAUGUUUGAUCGACAAUUACCCAGUUGAAUUUCUGGUAGAUUCUGGUUCUUCCAUCAAUACAAUAAGCAUGGAUAUUUGGACCAAACUAAAAGCUGCCAGACCAAAGCUUUCCAAGAAGAAAUUUUCCAACGAUCGUCGGUUUACAGCAUAUGCUAGCCAAGAUGCACUGAAGGUAUUAGUAGUAUUUGAGGCGUGGAUUUCAGUCAACCCAGCAAAACCAGAGAGCUAUGCUGAAUUUUUCGUAAUUGAUCGGGCGAGCAGGUGCUUGUUGAGCAAACGAACAGCAGAAGACCUUAAAGUCUUGAAGGUCGGUCUAGAUGUUCAGAAUAUAGCGACCAACUGGGAACCAUUUCCAAAAUUCCCAGGCGUGCAGGUCAAGCUAUCGAUUGACCGAUCGAUUGAGAUGCUACGAGUAGAUAUAAUUGAGGGUGUUCCGGAAUGGAUAUCUCCCAUGGUCGUUGUUCCCAAGGGAACUGAUGACGUGCGAUUAUGCAUCAAUAUGAAGUAUCCAAACCAAGCUAUCCAACGUGAGCACUUUCCUCUACCUGUAAUUGAAACGCUGCUGAACAAAUUGAAGGGGUGCAAAUUCUUUUCGCGAUUGGAUAUUACUGCAGCCUAUCACCAUGUAGAACUUCAUCCCGAUUCUCGCGGCAUAACCACUUUCAUGACUAGCCGAGGUUUGAUGCGCUUCAAAAGGCUGAUGUUCGGGAUUAAUUGCGCUCCCGAAAUAUUUCAGCGCAUUAUGACUCAGAUGCUAGCUGGAAUUGAAGGGGUCAUUGUGUACAUCGACGAUGUAAUUAUUUCAGGCCGAACACUUGAGGAGCACAACGCUCGGUUAGCUGAAGUUGAAGCAGUUCUUGAACAAAACCAUGCGACGUUAAAUAAGACCAAGUGUAUAUAUGGGGUGAAGGAAAUGGAGGUUUUUGGAUUCAAAUUCAGCGCAACUGGAAUAAGUCCAGCAACGGAGAACACUUCUGCAAUUAGGAACUUUCGAAUUCCGGAAUCAAAAGAGGAGAUUUGUCGACGAAAACAGAGCCAUUGCGUAAAUUUGUUCGGGGAUCCGUUGAAUCUUUCGGACGAGAACAACUGA